CUAUAUACAGUACCGCCGGCUAUGACAACACAUCGUGGUAUCCUGCUGUUAUAACAAUAGAAAUUACUACUAAACUUGAAAAGAAACGUUAUUUUAAGAUAGGGCUUUUCAAAAGAACAGCGACUUCUUGUCCACCGUACAGGGUGAGGAGGGUUAAGAAGCGGUUGGUGUCGCGUUGUUUCACAAACCAAGUUGAAACGUGCUAGUUAUGGCUACAUUGCGCCCAAUGAAUUUGUCUGCGAGUUCAUCAAAGCGUCUUCUCUGAGGGUUAAUGGGUUCUAAGUUAACCAGACCAAGUAGCCUGGACAUUGACGGCCAAUUGUCCAAGAGGAGACGUCCGAGGACGGAGGGAUGCGGAGACUCGGGGAGAAGUGCAGGCGGAGGUGGAGCAGGCUUCGCGUUCCCGUACCUCACGCUCCGGUCAGACAAGCUCCCAGGGUUGCUGCGGAAAACCAACCAUAGUCCGUACGUGCGACGAGUCGCCUGGAUCCGUGAGAUGCAAACCCUUCUGGGCGACCAGAAGACGGAGCAGGCAGCCGAAGUGCUGACAUUGUUGAGAAAGGAUCUGGGCCUCCAGGCGACGUCCCUCAACCACAUCUUGUACAAAAACGCAGCUUUCCUCCACCUGGUGGACCCCAUCUCCCACGAACUGCUGCUCCACCUCGCCAGGGACAUGCACUGCCCGAAAAGGGAGGCGGAGUCCUUAAAGUCCACCAACAAGAUGUGCAGACAGCUGAUGUUCCACCUGACGCCUCACUCCAAGUGGACUCGACAAAGCGUGCCGCGGAGGAAGCCUCAGGCCUGCCUAAAGACCACCUUGGACAAGAAGCCGUCGGGCGACGUCGUCAACCUGUCGGGGACCCCCCUCUCGGGCCGGGACCUCCGACGCCUGGCCCGCCACCUGCAGGGCGCAGGCGCGGCAGGCGGGGCUGGCGAGGGGACGGUGUCGGCCGUGGACCUCAGCUUCACGGAGCUGCGGGACGAGGGGCUGCGGCUGCUGCUGCCCGGCCUGGCCGGCCUGCCGGGUCUCACCACGCUGGCCGUCAACGGCAACCGGCUGACGGCGGCCGUGCUGAAGGACCUGUCGGAGGCCCUGAAGGACGCGGGCCGCUUCCCCAGCCUGGCCUGGGUGGACCUGGGCAACAACGUGGACAUCUGCACCGUGCCCCAGCCCCUGCUGGUGGGCCUGCGCCGGCGCUACGGCCUGCGCGGCAGCCUGCCCACCAUCCACGAGCGGCGCCACGGCGACCCCAGGACGACGGCAGGAGAGGCGGGGCGUCACUAG